UAUCGAGGCACUCCGUUUCGUUCGUGUGCUGGUGACACUCAAUGCGCAACUCUGCGCCGUGACACGGCUGGAAGAGUACAUUUACACAAGACCAACAGUGUAAGGAGCGGGUUAAGAAUGUCUUGAAGGCAUUGGAACAAAGAGGAUUCUUAAAUUUGUGAGAAGAAGACAGCAGAAACCAUGCCAAAAAGUUCACGUCGGUUACAUGGACAAUUUCUUGCCACUGUGGUCAUCAUUGCAUGUCUUUCGUUUUUUCAAAUACCUGAUAUAUCACAAAGGUAUCAUGCUGACAUAUCUGAAAAUGUGGAUGAACUGAAUAUGCUGACAGAGGCAUCAGUUGAGAAGGUUAGUUUCUUUGAGAAUCCAGAGUCACAGAUAGACACUGUGGAAGCGAGCUCUAUACAACAUUCUUUUGUCAAUGUCAAUGUCAUGGGAGCAAGGAGAGACAAAAAAGGUUUUCUAACAAUCGGAGUUCCAUCUAUUAAAAGAUUAAAUGGAGAUGGAUAUCUCUUUCAAACACUGGAGUCUCUUAUCAGUGAAAUAUCAGAGCAGGAAAAAGAAGAAGUUGUUGUGAUGCUGUUUUUGGCAGACUUUGACAGGCAUCAUAAUCAUCGUGUUAUACACAUGAUAAUGGAAAAAUAUGAGGUGUAUCUGAACAGUGGAUUCCUUCAAGUUGUCCAAGUAUCUGAGGAGCUCUAUCCUCAACUUGAUAAUUUAAAGAGAAAUUUUAAUGAUGACCCUUUACGAGUCAAGUGGAGAUCCAAACAAAAUAUUGACUUCGCCUUCAUGUUUAUCUAUGGUCAUAAUAUAUCUAGUUACUAUAUUCAGAUUGAAGAUGAUGUGGUGUGCGCCCCCAAGUUUAUUGCAGCCAUUAAAGAUUAUAUUUCAAUGGUUAGUACAAAAAAAUGGAUCAUGCUUGAAUUUUCCCAUUUGGGAUUUAUUGGAAAAUUGUUGCGCUCGCAGGAUGUUCUACUUCUUGGGCAAUACCUGUUGUUGUUUUAUGACGAACAGCCAUGUGAUUGGCUUAUCAACCACUUCAUGACAUCUAUGGGUCAGAAAUCAAAAUAUAUAAGAAAACCAACACUUUUUCAGCAUGAGGGUCUAGUUUCAUCACUUCAGGAAAAACCAGUUCUUGGCUUUAAUAAGCUAAAAGACAGAUAUUUUGGAGGGAAAGAUAUCCCAACAUUCAAAGAACCAAAUCCCCCAGCAACUCUUGAAUCAAACAUGGCUCCAGAAGCUAACAACAGCAUAGAAAAUGCAUAUGGGUAUGAUGAUAAAUAUUUCUGGACAAGGCCAUCACCAGGUGGUUAUAUAUUGGUGAGAUUCAAGGAACUUAUUAGAAUUGAUGCCAUUGCCAUUCAUACCAGUAAUGAAAAUCAUAAACGUGAUUUUUUAAAAGCUGGUGUCGUAGAAAUUGGCAAAGUGGAUCCAGGUGGUUCUUCUGACUUGAAUGGUUCAGCUGUGAAGGAGUGUGGUCGUUUUGAGGUUGUUGGAAAAAUUGACAGCUCAUUAUUUUACUGGCAGGAGCUCAAUAAAACAAAUUCUGACUACUACACUGCAUGUAUACGCAUAAGAGUGAAGAGACCUCAGCGGGACUGGCUACUUGUGCAACACAUACAAGUACGAGUGAAAAGGGAAAAAAAGACUGAGCUGUCAAUCACAACUGAGACAGUUCCACACUCCUAAUCAGGGUUUUUUCAAGACAUGUGCUUGUGCAGUAACUGCAUCAUUUGGGCUACUCAGGCCUGUAGCCAGCAAUUUCAAAAGGGAAGUUCUUUUUUUGAAAAAUUGGACUUUUUACUUUGAAACCUUGAGGAUAUAGAUAAAAUGUUUCUCAGAAGGGCCUUUUCCGGAAAAAAAGGGGAUUCUUUUGAAACCCCCAUGGCUACUGGACUGCUAUUUGAAAGAAACUGAAAACAACAUACAUGUACCAUUUAAUAUCUCACAAAUUACAUCCAAGUAAAUGAUUGUGUUUUCAUUUGGAAAGCUACAACUGGCAAAGGCAUCAAUUGGUUCACUCAGCUAUACAUUAAUUGUUUUUUUCAAAGGGAUUUAGAGAAUGCCAGUCUUAAAACACAAAAGCAGGGAAGAAGAAUUUAUAUGUCAAAGAUGCAAUAUAGUGUGCAUCAGAUAAAAAAGAUGUGGUGCAUAUUUAUAAUCUCUGCAAUAAGUUGGCUCUUGGACCUCUCAUACAUAUUGACCAAAUUAAGACAAUUCCAUACAUAUAGCAUCUUGAUAUAUAUUUCAAAGCAUUGCAUAUAGUGAUUGAAAAUGUACUGUAACUUAAAGCCAGCAGUGCACUCUUUAAAUUGCUUCAAAACCAUAUAUGCAACCUGAAGGAAUCUCAGUGUAACUUGGCUGUGCAUGCACAGACACAAACGUGCAAGUUCAUUUGCUUGCCCACUUUGUACAGGCAUUUGUAUGCAUGAAGGUGGGUGUGGUAAUGGGCAGUUUACUUUCUAAUCAAUAUAUUUGUCCCAUACAUUUCAGAAUGUAGAGAAGCAAGGCAUGGGGGCGUCCACCUUCCUCACCCCUCUCAUCUUGAUACUGUAAAGAAAUGUGCUUUUUAGGUGCUAAUAUGCCUGUUUCUUAGUGCCUGUGCCAUAAUCGUAUUGCCAUUAAUAGCAUAAUAAUGACAAUAUUAUUUUUAGUGAGGGUGCUGAAUGUCUAUAAAAUUAUUUUUUGUGCAAUUUCAUUAAAAAUAGAUUUAAAGGUGAUUGGUUAAUUGAUACAAUUUUGAGAGAAAAUUAUUCAAACAUUCCAUUCAUUAUCAUGCAUUUGCCUUUCUGAUAUCAAUGUUUUUGUUGUGUUAUCUGAAUGUUUACUGUAUAUUUUUUAUCAAUUUAUAGUUUUUAUAAUGCCAUAUUUGGAUUUUUCACCCAUAAAACCUGCAUUUUAUAUCUGUUUAGAGUGUUAACUGUUAUAUUGUUUGGAUAGAUAUUUGUAACAUAAUUAUUGUUAACAUAAGCUCGCAGUACCCUCCACAAAAGAGAGAUAAUUCUAUGUUAAUUCUGGUUAAUUCUAUGUACAUUUCUGUAUUCUGAACCAAUAAUAAUUUUGCUCCAAAAUGACAUCGUCACCCAACUGGCCUCUGGUAGAGAGUAAGCUUGCAUUCUAUAUAGUAUUAUAUGUAGUGAUGUAUUGAUGAUAUUGGUGUUGAACAGAAUGUCUUAGAUAAGCAGAAUAAUUGUUGAAUAAAUUGUUGAAUUAAAA